AUGACUGAUGCUCUUCCCAUUGUCGACCUUGAACUCUAUCUAAAUGACAAAUACAGUCCGUUAGCGAUCAAAGAAUGCAAGAAGGCCGCUAAUGCCUUGGUAGACUAUGGGGCUCUCUUGGUAAAGGACCCACGGGUAACAGAGAAGGAUAAUUCCCGGUUUUUGGAUUUGAUGGAGGAUUAUUUCGCUCAACCCUUUGAAGUGAAACUCAAAGAUGCACGUCCAGAAUUUAGCUAUCAAGUGGGUGUGACUCCUGGAUUUAAGGAAGAGCCGAGAUGUUAUCGUGACCCUAAUUGUCAGGAAGUUAUUAUUAAAAUGCCUGAAGACAGUCGACCGCUUCCUAUCUCAGGGCCUGACGCAAAAUGGAGAUAUUUUUGGCGUAUUGGAGAGAGACCGCAAGAAACCAAGUUCCCCCAACUGAAUAGUGAACCGGUCGUUCCUGAAUCUUUCAAGGAUAUCUGGUCCACCGUCAUGAAUCAAUGGGGUAAUCAGAUGCAUCGGGCCAUUUUAGAUGUCAGUGAGAUGGCUUCAGUUGGAUUUGGACUAUCCGCUAAUGCAUUACUAGAUCUCACGAAAAACGGGCCACACCUCUUGGCCCCCACCGGAAGUGAUUUGAAUGAGUAUGGAAAACUUAAUACUGUUCUCGCGGGUUUUCAUUACGACCUAAAUUUCAUGACAAUUCAUGGUAAAAGUCGAUUUCCUGGGUUACAUAUUUGGCCGCGUAAUGAAUCGACUAAGAUGCAAGUUCGAGUUCCUGAUGGAUGUUUACUAGUGCAAGCUGGCAAGCAAUUAGAAUGGCUCACAGGCGGUAAGGUAAAGGCAGGUUAUCACGAGGUGGUAGUGACCGAAUCAACGCUCCAAGCCAUUGAGAAUGCAAAGAAAACUCGACCGGAUAGGCCUUUGUGGAGGAUAUCAUCGACUUUCUUUCUGCAUAUCGCGAGUGACAAUGUAUUACAACCAUUGGGACCAUUUAAACCUGAACCGGCGCUCUAUCCACCGACGCUUGCUGGUGAUCAAGUGAAUUACGAAUUAUUUCAAAUUAAUUUGGAUCAAUAG